AUGCAAGGUACAUUUCGAUAUCCUGAUGGAUCUGAAUACACAGGCGAAUGGAAUGAAGAUGGUCAACGACAUGGCCUUGGCCAAUUAACAUUUAGUGAUCAAGCGAAAUAUCGUGGUCGAUUUGAAAAUGGUCUUUUUUCUGGUCUUGGUUCAAUAUCUUAUCCUGACGGAUCAAAAUAUGAUGGUGAAUUUUCUCAAGGUCGUUAUCAUGGUUUAGGUGUAUUUACACGUUGUGAUGGAAUGAAAUAUGAAGGACAAUUACAUGAAGGAAAAAUUUUUGGUUUAGGUCUUUUAACAUUUGCUGAUGGUUCACAUGGUUUACCACGAAAUGAAGGACAUUUUGAAAAUAAUAAAUUAGUACGACGUGAAAAAUGUCCUGAUACUAUACGUAAAGCUAUAGCAUGUGCUGAACGUGCAAAAUCUCAACAUAUUUAA